AUGAACAGAGACAAUUGGGCAAACAGGGCCAUGCAUAGGGCGUCUUGGAAUGGCCAGAUUUUGAGUGGUCGGUGCGAAGACAACGACGGAACGUGGUUUGCUAUUUCCAAACGAGGCCGAAUCGCUUUUCUCGUGAAUACAUCGAUAUUGCUAGACCGCGUUGAUCCAGACGAAGGAUCCGAGUUGUACCCUUUUGAAUUCUUGAAGAGCAAUAUGAGUCCACAUGACUUUGCCAACCAUGUGAAACAGCGUGAAGUAGAUAGACAUGAAGAACUAGAUGAUGAGAGCGAUGGAUGGUCCUAUAGUCUUAUUGUCGCAGACCUGAUCUCCAAUGCAAUGGUUCAUAUCAGGAAACCUGUGGGAUCUGAGCCGACUGUCAUAAUAGAAACCGUUCCGUUUGGUGUGCACUCAGUCUCUCCUUACGGUGGUCUCGAUUCCAAUGCAUUUCCUAGGGAUACACGCCUUAGAACCUUUUUUCGUGUGAUGAUUAAUGAUUUGGGAAACGAUGAAGUACCACCACUUAGGGAGAUUUCUGAGAAUACUGAAGGAGGAAGAGACGCUGUGAAUCUAGAAACUAUGGAUGCACAUCCUUCUGAAGAACUUGGGAUUCAACGAUUUGGAACAACAAGUAAGACAACAUUGGCGGUGAAACGCAAUAACAAAGUCAUCUUCAAUGAAGGGCACAGGAACUACCAUGGUGAUUGGAACUGGCGCGAGUUGAAUUUCAAGAUUCAGUAGAAAGAAAGAGUUAUACAAAGUAACAUAUUGCACAGCAAGAGCAUCAAAUUAUUAUCUAAUCUAUAGUUAAAUAAAUAAUCUUGUUGAUGUUGUGUUAUAGAUCUCUCUAAUUAAUUAAACACU